AGGAAGGUGGUAUAAGUAUAAAUACUCCUACUUCAAACGGUUGAGUUAGUAGUAGUUAAAUUUUCUCCAAUCUCUCAACAUUGUUGUAGGUUAUUAGAAAUAUUACGCAUUCGUGGAAAGCAAAAAAAAAAAAGUAUAAAUGUUUGAAAAAGAAUCAAAACUUAUCAGUCAUAAUAGAGCUUUGAAAAGAAAGAAACGGUAUCAAAGUGUGGCUGUUGGUUCAGGAAUUGUAAAUUCUAUUAUUAAUAAAUUACCAUUUGAAUURCACAUUCCUGGAUAUCAGUUUUGUGGUCCAGGAACCAAACUUCAAAAACGACUAGAGCGAGGAGAUCGUGGUAUUAACAAAUUAGAUGAAGCUUGCAGAGAACACGAUAUUGCUUAUAACGAGCAUCAAGAUUUAGAAAACAGACAYAAAKCUGACCGCAUUCUACUCGAGCGAGCGAAAGAAAGAAGACGUGCUGCUGACGCUUCUUUUGGUGAGAAAGCUGCUGCUUUAGGUGUUUCAACAGCAAUGAGUGCCAAAUUGAAACUUGGAAUGGGAUGUUCUAAUAAUAAAAUGAAUGAAAUACAAAAACGCAGACGACGAAGAUCACGAAUUGGUAAAGUGAAAAAAUCAGGAAAAGGACUAAUUAAAUUUAGUGAUUUAAUAAGCAAAGCGAAAAACACUUUAAAUAGUGGAAAAUUUGAUAAUAUGAACAGUGCUAUAGGUGCAGCAAUAAAAGCUGUAAAACAACUUCGAGGCAAAAAAAAAGUACAUCCAAAGAGAGUGAUCCCGGUACCGAGGACUGGUGGUGCACUGCCUCUUUUACCAAUUUUUGCUGCUUUGGGGGCUCUAGGUUCUUUGGGUGGUGGUGCCGCAGCCGUUGCCAGGGCCGUCAACCAAGCGAAGGUUGCUAAUGAGCAACUUAAAGAAAGUAAACGUCACAAUCAGGCAAUGGAAGCUGUUGCCAUAGGAAAGAACAAAGAUGGAAAUGGACUUUAUUUGAAACCAUAUAAAACAGGUCUCGGUCUUUUUUUAGAUCAUUCGAAAUUUCCAAAAAAAUAUCGAUAAAGCUUCCCAAACGUCCUCUUACUGAUAUAGAUCUAUGUAAGUAUUGUAAAAUGUUAAAAAUUCGAAAUUUUAGAGGUAUUUUUAUGAGAGAUUUGUUACCUAAAGGUGUACGAAUCAAUGAAUGUGGAAUACUAAAUUUAGAUGAUGAUAGUGGUAGUGGUACACAUUGGACAGCUUACGUAAAACGUGGACGUGAAGCUAUCUAUUUUGAUAGUUAUGGUAAUCUUCAACCACCUAAAGAACUAGUUAAAUAUUUAGAAAGCAAUGGAUCAUGUAAAAUCCUAUACAAUCAUGAGCAAAUUCAAAAAUAUGGUACGGUUAAUUGUGGACAUUUAUGCCUUCAAUUCUUGUACAAUAACAACAACUACAAAUGCAAAUAAAAGAAGAGAGAUUCUCGUAUUACAUUCGUUCUCGUAUUGCUCUGCAAGAUGAAACGUCGUAAUCACAACUUGCUAUAUAAUCUAAAACCUUGCAGCGCUCACAACRACCUUUCAAAAAAUGUGCAUAUCAAUGUAACAAACAGUCGGUUGUAAAAGGAGUAUUUAAAGACGUAAAAUUAUCAGAGGCAUUCAGUGAUAGUAUUCAUUUCCUUGUGGUAAGCAAGGUUGUUUAAUACGUGUUACCUCUACUAACCUAUAUACCAGUGAGAUAAAAUGUCAAUGACAUUUACUUUAACUGGCAACAGUUCAGUUUUGAUGUCUGAGUAUAGUCCAUCAAUAACGUUAGAAAAUGAUAGCAGUUAUGUGAUUGGAUUAACUAACCUAGAAACUUAUAAUUCAUUUCCGAAUAUUGAUUACACAAAUAAUAAGUUCUUUUAUAUAAGUGAAGAUAAUGAAGAGGUAUGUAUAGAAAUACCUGAAGGAUCUUAUGAAAUUGCUGAUAUUAAUACAUAUCUUAAUAAAGAAAUUGUUAAAAAAUAUUAUCAUAUCCAACAACAAGAUGAAGAAAAGAAGAGUAUGAAUCAUGUUAAUCCUAUAAUACUUGUUWKUAAAGAUACUACUGAACUAGUUGAUGAUGCAAAUAAUAACAAUAUUCAUGAAGGGAGGGCACCUAUUUUAUCAAUAAAAUCAAACCCAAAUACGUUAAAAGUAGAAAUUAAAUCAACCAUAACAAUUGAUUUCACUAAAGAAAAUACCAUAGCUAGUAUAUUAGGCUUUACAUCAAUUAUGUUAAAACCUAAUAUAAAACAUAUUUCUCCUUUACCUGCUAAAAUUCAUAAAGUAAACGCUUUAUGUGUACAUUGCAAUCUAGUAUCAUCUUCAUAUAGAAAUGGAAAAGCAGUACAUGUUUUACAUGAGUUUUUCCCAACUGUACCUCCCGGAUAUCGAAUUGUAGAAGCGCCAACUAAUGUUAUCUAUUUACCAAUUAAUCGAAAUGAAAUUCCUUUAUUGGUUCUUAAAAUAACUGAUCAAGAUGGAAAUGUAGUCAAUUUUCGUGGUGAAGCCAUCACGGUAAGGUUGCAUCUUAAAAAGCUCCUCUCAUCAUAAAACAAAAAAUAUGGGAUUAGUUUUUGMUUCUUACCGUAAACGAUUUAAUAUCAAUCAAAAUUAUAUAAAUACGUCAACAAACAUUAAACCAAUUAGUCGACAUCGUAGACUAAAACGAUUAACAUCGAAAAACAGGAACUUUCUUAAAUCUCUCGGUUUAACUGUAUUAGUGUAAACUACUCGUAAGUGUGUGUGCGUGUAUUUAAAAAAGUAUCCAUAAUGAACUUUGAAAUAUUAAAUGUAAAUGAAAAAGCUGUUUUUGAUACAUCAAUAAGUUAUGCUGAAAAACGUACGCAUCAACCAUACGCGUCCACUUCUUUCAAUUUGAAUGAUGAAAUACGAUUACCAAUUGAACAUCAAGAUGUGUAUACUCUUCCUUGGUUGAGUUCAUUGUAUAUUGAAGGAAAAGUAAUCGCAACAAAUGAUAAACAUGAAACCAUAUUUUCACCAAACGUCAGAUUUGCUAAUAAUGGUAUAAUGUUAAUGUUUGAUGAAGUAAGAUAUGAGAUUGCUGGUAAUGUCGUUGAUAGAGUACGAAAUCCUGGCUUAGCUUCAAUUAUGAAAGGUUAUGCAACGUACAAUGCUAAUGAAAGUGUUGCACUUCAAAA